AUGACUGUACCGCCACAUUUUAGCAGCUAUGAGGAGUACUUUGAGCAGUGUACGGCGUUCUUCGAGGAAUAUCAAAGCUUGUACAACUUCGCCAACACGGACGUGCUCGUCAAAAGCGUGUUAGGAAGCAUACCAAUUGACAACUUGAAUGGAGUCGACGUUCUCAACGAGGGCUUCGACAUUCGUCGGGCAGCAGAAAGUAGCGUUUACCUAAGUGGUUUCUUUAACAAGUUGGACAAGCUGCAAGCGAAUUACGAAUUUAUUGAGGAGCAUAAUGAGGAGUAUACGACCGAUGUUCCCCUGGGUCCGAAAAAGAAACACGAGAUCCUUUCUCUAGCCAAGGAAAUCGAGAAGCUGUGCAGCCGAACCGGUUGUGACACGGUCGUCGAUUUUGGUUCUGGUUUGGGUUACCUCGAUCAGGUUAUUUUCGACAUGACGAAGUAUAACGUUAUGGGUUUGGAAUGCAAUGAGAGCCACUACGUUGGAGCAAAGAAAAGGCAAAACAAAUAUCACACUGGAUCGGCCGGCAGGGUUAAAUAUAUUAAACAUAGGAUAACCGAUCAAUCCCAUAUAAAUUUGGAGGGGUUAGCAGCACAACCACAUUUCGCAAACCAAAGCAAUCUAAUGAAUCUGGUCUUCAAUUUACUUGCAAGGGGCGUGUUGCAAGUAUGUGCGCAUAAACAUAACUACAAGAUAAAAAGAAAAAAACGCAAGGCGGUGAGAGUCAAGACAAUUCAGAACGAUUUUGACAGCUACGUGCAAGAUGCGUGUACGGAGGGAUUCUCAUUUAUUAAGGACACUUGCUGGGAAAAAUCUAUUUCACCGGAACGGCUGGCCACGGUGCCGGAGGCGUUGUUCCCGGCCUCAACUGGCGUUAUCCCACCGGUGCCUGAGCCGGAAACCGCCGAGGAGGUGCCUCUGGUAUCCGAGGGUGAGAUGGGAGCCGCACUUCUGCGGCUUCGUGGGCGCAAAACGGCCCCUGGCCCCGAUGGUGUGCCCGGCGGGGCUCUGGUCUUGGCCUUGGGGCCCCUAGAGUCCCGAGCCCAAGACGAAUGGUUCAGAAAGUACCAGAUCGACGUCAAUGUGACGAAGCGAAAGGUGAUCAAAUUCAAUUGUCUUUUGGACUACCCC